CAUGCUCCACCCCCAAUGAAUUAGUACUUUUCACUGUUUCUCUUGUCUAGGUUUAUGGUUGUAAGUUAUAUAAAGUAGGACUUUAGACACACACUCUCACAUUCGGAAAACAAACCUCUAGCUCUUGCAGCUACACACAUACACACGAACGCGCACACACACUCGGGAGAACUCAAACGCAAGGGGACACACACACACACACACACACACACACACACACACGCACACACAAAUUCAGAGCUGGGAAGUUCCUACUGCUUCACUGGUCGUCAGAGAACAACAGGCUUUCUAGAAAGUCGGGACCGUCACUCAGGAGAGAGGAAAGUACGGACAAGCUGCCCAUGGCUGACUUGAGCUUCAUUGAAGAUUCUGAACCGUACACGGGGAAGGAGGAAGAUGAUGAAGAGGAAGAGGAGGAGGAGGGAGUGGAGUGGGGUUACGAGGAAGGGGUUGAGUGGGGCUUGGUAUUUCCUGAUGCUAAUGGAGAAUAUCAGUCUCCUAUCAACUUGAAUUCAAGAGAAGCCAGAUAUGAUCCCUCACUGCUGGAUAUUCGUCUCUCUCCAAAUUACGUGGUGUGUCGUGAUUGUGAAGUCACUAAUGAUGGACAUACAAUUCAGAUUGUUCUUAAAUCAAAAUCAGUCCUCACAGGAGGGCCAUUGCCUCAAGGACAUGAAUUUGAGCUAUAUGAGGUCCGAUUUCACUGGGGGAGAGAAAACCAGCGUGGUUCUGAACAUACUGUUAAUUUCAAAGCUUUCCCCAUGGAGCUUCAUCUUAUCCAUUGGAAUUCUACCCUAUAUGGUAGCAUUGAUGAGGCUGUGGGGAAAACACAUGGAAUAGCUAUUAUUGCUUUGUUUGUUCAGAUAGGAAAAGAACACAUUGGCUUGAAGGCAGUCACUGAUGUUCUACAGGAUAUUCAGUACAAGGGGAAGACUAAAAUAAUACCCUGCUUUAAUCCAAAUACUUUGUUACCAGAUCCUCUUCUGCGUGAUUAUUGGGUAUAUGAAGGCUCCCUUACUAUUCCACCUUGCAGUGAAGGUGUUACGUGGAUCUUAUUCCGAUACCCUUUAACUAUAUCCCAGAUACAGAUAGAGGAAUUUCGAAGACUAAGGACCCAUGUUAAAGGUGCAGAACUCUUAGAGGGCUGUGAUGGAAUUUUAGGAGACAACUUCAGACCCACUCAGCCACUUAGUGACAGAGUAAUCCGAGCUGCAUUCCAAUAGCCAAAGAGAACAAGAACAAAUUAAUCUUCAUCCAGGGAGGAGGAGACAAUGGUCCCACAGUGCCCGUGGAUGAGAAAUGGAAACCGUGGAGGCGCUGUUUCAGUUUAUUCACAAAGCCUGCAUUGUCUGCCUUCAUCUAAUUUCACCUUGAUAGACAGCUGUGACAGUUGCCCCGUCCACACAAUCCAAUGAAAUCCUAGAAAUGGCUACAUCUUGAAAAGAACCAUGUUAUACUCUCAAGUCACUACUGUUAACGUUCUCCUAUUUUUGCAUAUCAGUGUUUUAUAGUUGUGUGUAACAUGAAGGAUUCUAGUUUUUCUGGUUUGUUGUAAAUGUGAAUGUGAAGCUUUUAUCAGUUUUGUAGACACUUGGGAAAAAUCACCCCCAACAUUAGUAACUCUUCAUUUCCUGACUAACUGAAAAUUCUUCUCAUUCAAUGAACAGUGUAAUUCAUGAUAAUAACAUAAAUGUUUCAAUCAAGAGGAGAAUAUAACUUCAAAAUGUAUAAAAGCAUAGUAUAGAAAAUAUUGUGCCCACUUUUCUCUCUCCAUUUCUAUACUUCUUUAUCAAAAAUAUAUCUAAAUAUAUUUCACAUGUAGCACAAAUACAUGGGAGUUUUAGCUUUAUAUAUAUACAUAUAUAUAUAUAUAUACGCAUAUAUAUAUAUAUAUAUAUAUAUGGAGUAUGGAAAAUGCUUUGGUAAUUAUCAACCUGAUUGAAUAUACACAUGUAAAUAUUUCUCAUGUUUAAAGAAGAUCAAAUCUUGAGAUCCUAGAAGCUAUCUAAUUUUCUAGAGAUGAGCAGAUUAAUAGAACAGAAAAGACAGGCCAAACAGGGUGUGAAAGAGAAUGAUUUUUUAAAAAAGGUACUCAGAUUCUGGGAGUACUUUAUAAGGUGACACUAGGCAUACUAUUUAGAAGUGUAUAUUUGUUUUCAUGAAUUAAAGAAGAAAUUUAACACAAGCACUUGUUCAAUUAUUAUGCUUCUUUUUCUAGGACUUUACAUUUCUUUCACUGAGUUUCACUUUUAAAAUAAGCAUACUUAUGUUUCCAGUUUGCACAGACCAUAUUAAAGACCUCACAUGAUAGAACACAACAGUUUUAAAUAGUCAACACAUUUACAAUUUUACUAUACAACAGUUCAGAUUAGUAAAACAAAUCAGGGAUAUAGUAGCAUCAUUCUGCUUUCUUGUGAAUUUAUGGCAAAAAAUGACAUUGGGCAUUUUUUUAGCCCUUAUACACAGAGUGAUAUGGAUUAAUGAAUGGAAUAAAUCCCCAAGAUUACAUCUUUAUUCUAAAUAUAAAAAUUAAAUAUAGAAAUUCUAAUAGAGAUGUAAGAAUACAUUUUGAUGGGCCGCAUGGUAUAUCAAAUAUAGAGCUGGCCUAAUAGUCAUGAAGACCAGUUCAACUCAUAUUUCUGACACAUACUCACUUUGUGACUUUGCACAAAUCACUUUACAACCUGGUCCAUUCCUAACUUUCCAGUAUUCUUACACAUUACUCUUCUCUAUGUACUCUGCUAUCCAAUAACCCUAGCCUCUACCUCCUUCCUGACCUGGCCUCCUUCAAGUCUCAACUAAAGUUUCACCUUCUGUAGGAAGCCUUUCUCAGUUCUUACUUUUAAUGCCUACCCUCUGAGAUUGCUCUCAAUUUAUCCAACAUAGACCUUGUUUGUACAUAGUUAUUUCCAUAUUAUCCCUACCCUCACCCCUUAGAAUGUGAACUUCUCCAAAACAUUGAUAGAUUUUGUUUGGUUUUGGUUUUGUCUCUCUUUAAACCUUCAACACUUAGUUCAAUGCCUGACACAGAAUAGUUACUUUACAAAUGUUUGGUUACUUACUGACAGUGUGGCAGAAGUUACAGAGAAGGUGCAGAAAUACUGGUAGAAGAAGCACCUCAUCUAGAGCUCUCUACCAAUAAAAUCAUAAAUUUGACUUAAAAAAAGUGAUGCAUUUUAGCGUGUGAUACAAGGGUGAUUGUGAUGCAAACAAGAAAAUUAUUAAGAUGGUGGCAAAUGUCCUAGAAAUAAUAAAACAUGUAUCUAAAAUUCUUAGAGCUAAGGAUUGGGUUAAGGUUAGGAGAGUGGUGUGGUGUGAUGUGGUGUGAAGUGAAGUGUGUGUGUGUGUGUGUGUGUGUGUGUGUGUGUGUUGGAAAGUAAGGGGGCUGAGCUGUGUCCAGUCAGGAAAGAGGACACGGGAAGAAGGUCUGGAGGGAGGGAGCUUGCCAGCAAACCAGUGUCAAGGCUAAGUAGCUUUCAUUUCCUGGAAGAAGAUAAUGAUAAAGGGAAAUGGCUCUCUUUACUCAUAGCAUUUCCAGUCUUGAGCUAAUUUAACAGCCCAACAAACUCUUGUUAUUCAGCUAUACUGUGCAAAAAAUCGGGAUAUGUUCUGGGGAUAAAAAGAUCAAAUGAAAGUUGCUUUCAAAAGAGCUUAUAUUCAACUGAGAGGAGGUUGCAGGGGUAGGGGAGAAGAGGUUAUGGAUUAUACCUUCUGUCAGCCCUUCCCACUCAUUCCUUUUUUCCCCACUCCAAAUAACAAAAUCUUCUUAAAAUAAUUAAUACAGAUUUCCUUUCAUUCCAGCCAUUUAAACCUAGUUUGAUUCAAGGUAUGCUCUAUCCCCUCUGCCAUUUUUCUCCCACUCUUUUUAAUAAUGCCAGAAACUCUUAAAAAAGCAAAUAUCCUGUCAAAGUCAUUUUCUGGUAUGAAUUUUCACUUAAGGUGUAAGGCAGCCAAAAUAAUUUUAAAUAUCAAAUCCUUCCUGGUUUUUCAUGCAAUGGGAAGGUAAAGUAAGCAGGAUGGCAUUAGAUGCCUGCAGUUGUGGAAGGGGCCAGCUAAGGGCAAAAAAGGGUGGUGUUGGGGAAUAACAUUCUCAAAGAGAAACUAACAUUGUGGAGUUCACAAUUUUACCUAAGAUGUGCCAUGUUUAUCUUCAAAUGAACAUUACAAAUGCGCUGUGUGCACUGAGGCAUUUUUGUCUUGUAGUUGUUAAUAUAGACAGUUUUGCUUUGCAUGAUUUAUGAAGAUUUUUAUCUUAAAAUAUGUAUAACGUUAUAAUGGAGCUUCCUCAAAUUCAUUUGUUAAUUGAGGUAUUACUGUAUUAGAAAGUGAAACUCAUUUAAUCUUGGGUUUCUCCUAUAUUAGUAAGAUUACUUUUAUUGAAAUUAAGUAUCAGAUGUGAUUUUAUCUGCUUAUUAGAGCCCAGACUUUUACUCUGAAUUGAAAAAAAGGAUGAUAUUUCUCAAAAUGAAAAUAUAUAGGAGACAACUUUUAUUUUAUUAGUAGCUUUAUUAAUAAUCUCUGUAAUUUUAUUUCUCUUCUAGGAAAAAAGAUAGUGAUAAUAUAGCUAAUGCUCAAUGUGGACUAGUUUACUACUACAGUAAGCAAACAGCCUCCAAGUUAUCCCUGAGAACUUUAUAUUUUAUUUCAUGAGACAAUUAUCUUGUUUUAACAGUACAAAAAUAAGGUUGACUGUCUAUUGAACAAGUCAUAAAAUGAUAUUCUGUGAACUGUAUGCUUUUCAGAUCUUGCAUGAUAAAAGAGCUUUAUAUUGUAUCCUGGGAAUGAAAAAAUACUGUUGAGUUAUUAGUUAGAACUUGCUACUCAAAUUAUUAUUGUUUAAAUUGUAAAUAUUUCUUAUUUCUGCAAAUCACCAUGUGCAUCUAUGGAAGACAAGAAAAUGUGUAUUUCUUUCCUCUCUCCCCAUCUUAUAUCACUUUAUGGGCAGUAAUAUUAGGACAGCAAAUAUUGAGCUUAUGAUGGAAUAUGAAUGCUAUUCUACAUAAAUAUAUAAAUAAAAUAUAUCUCUUGAAUUAUAUCAUAUUGUGAAAAAUAUGAGGUGUGACAGGGAAAGUGAUGUAAUGUCACCCAUAAAAAUACACACGCAAAAAGCGUUACUUCCUUUUCCCAUGUU